UAUGAGUUCAGGUGAAGAGGAGGAUAAACAAUAUGAAAUCGAUUAGCUCCUUCAACAGAUUACGGAGGUAUAAUUUAUUUUAUACUUAAGAUUGAGAACACUCGAUAAGUGCAUCGCCAUCAAAGCAAAGCUGAAGAACCUCAAUUUGAUUUGGUUUGCUUCCUCAAGCGUCCGCCAGUUGAGGACCUGUCGUUGGAAGAAGCACGUUUGUGUUACCUAGAAAAUAAGAGGUAGAUGGGUAAGGAUUGUGUCAUGAUAUUAAUCAAGUUUUCUCCAAAAAAAGCUUAGAGGAAAAAUCAACGAAGCACUUCUUCUCCUCCAAUAACUCAAGUAAAAUAUAAAGCAAAUUGUUAACGUUCUUUUCCAAAGUUUUGAGAGAUCAGCCCAACAUGGUGGAAAGGUUUUUGCAUGAGAAAUACAAUCACAAAUUAGAAACAGGGUUUGAACAGAAAGUUCAUAUUGGGAUAGUAAUAUUUAUAUCUAUUAUUAUAAGACAUCUUAAUAAUUUGAACCCUCAUUUUAGCCUACUAAAAUACCCCUUCUUGGUUACAAUUUUGAAGAUGCUUUUAAAAUUUAGUAUGCCGAUAAUAGAAUUGGGCGGGUUAAUAAAUAAAAACAACGAAAGGUAUUGUUUAUAAUUAAUUCUCCAUUUUAGACAAAGAAUGAAUAUCAAUCGGCAACCCAGAAUGAAUACUUUAACACUAUCAUCUAAUAAGAAUUGUACGAAGAUCCUACAGAGGUUGGAGACUAAAAGAAGAGUUGGGCAAUCGUAGUUAGGAAUACAGUUAAAAUUGCAAGAUUCAAAGCAAAAUUCCGAUAAGAUUUCAGGGAAUUCUUUAAAAGAAUCGCAUACUUUGCAGCCAAAGAAGCAAGAAGAAGAAAUCAAAAAUGUCAAAAAUAUUAGAAGGAUUUUAUGAUGAGAGCCAAGAAAUUAUCAAAGGAGGCUUAAGCAUUUUGGAGAAAGAGAGAUAAAGAAUUGAUUGAAAUAAAGAAGAGAAAAGAGAAAUUAGAAUAGGAAAGAAAAAAGAAGGAAGAAGAAGAAAGAGAAUAAUUACUGUAAUAAAAAAGAUUAGAAUUCUUAAUGAAGCAAUCUGAUAUUUAUGCUCAUUUCAUGGCUAAGAAAUUAGGAAUAACUUUAGAUAACCAAAUCUAAUAAAAUAAUGGAAAUGUCGAAAUAGAUGAAGUAAAGGCAUUUGAAACAGUGUAGAAAGUAAUAAAUGAUAACAGGAGACAAUUACAAUAAUUUGAUGGAAAGGAACAAGAAAACGUUUAAAUAUAGGAAUUAAAAUUGGACCAUAAUGAUUAAGAUAGAGAUUUUUCGCUUAUUGCCCCUCCAUCUACUUUUCAUGGAGAUCUAAAAGAAUAUUAGUUAAAAGGAUUAAGAUGGCUUGAUAAUCUCUACGAUUAAGGCAUCAAUGGUAUUUUAGCAGAUGAAAUGGGAUUAGGAAAAACAAUCUAAGCCAUAGCAUUAUUAUCACAUAUUAGUUCUUUUAAAUAAGUUUGGGGGCCCUUUUUGGUAAUAGCUCCAUCAUCUACCUUACAUAAUUGGUAAUAGGAAAUCAAAAAGUUUUGUCCUUCCCUUAAGGUUCUGCCCUAUUGGGGAUAGGCCUAAUAGAGAAAAACUAUUAGAAAAUAUUUCCAAUAAAAGAAUUUUGGCUAAAAAUAAUCAUUAUUUCAUAUAGUUGUUACUUCUUAUAACUUGGUUGUUUCUGACAACAAAAUAUUCAAUAGAGUGAGAUGGCAAUAUAUGAUUUUGGAUGAAGCCUAGGCUAUAAAGAAUAUUAACUCAUAAAGGUGGUAGAUUUUAUUAUCUUUCAAUGCCAGGAACAGAUUAUUGUUAACUGGAACACCAAUAUAAAAUACUAUGGGAGAAUUAUGGGCCUUGUUGCAUUUCAUUAUGCCUAAAUUUUUUGAUAGCUUUGAUUAAUUUUAAGAAUGGUUUUCAAAGGAUAUAGAGGCACAUUCGUAAGACUAGAAGACUUUAAAUUAACAUUAAUUAUAAAGAUUACAUGCUAUAUUGAAACCUUUUAUGUUGAGACGUCUAAAGAAGGAUGUGGAGAAUGAGAUAGGUUAGAAGAAAGAAAUUCAGAUAGUUUGUGAAAUGACAAGUAGACAGGCAGUGCUUUACAAGAAUGUUAAAUCAAAAUUAUCAAUUAAGGAGUUUUUUAGGAUGUUGGAUUCAAAGCAAAAAGUAGAUAAUCUAAUGAAUUUGGUAAUGUAAUUUAGAAAGAUCUGCAAUCAUCCUGAACUGUUUGAAAGGAAACCAUAUAAGACUCCUUAUAUAUUUUAAGAUAAGCAAAAUGUGGAAGUGUUCUAAUAAAAUCCAAUAGUUUAGGUAACAAAGAGAAAUCCUAUAACAUUUAUAAUUCCUAAAUUAGUUUAUGACAACCUGAUUCAAGGUAAGCCUUGCAUCUUUACUGCUCAUUAUAUCUAUACCUCUCUAAAAAAUGGGGAUUCCACUUUUGCAUGUUUUGUUUUAAAGCAUUUGCCAUUUGGACUAUUCUAAAAAAAUAUAUUUGAUUUGAUCCUUUUGCUAUGUAAUUUUGAUGAACCCAAGAGAUUAAUUAAUUAUUCAUUCUCUAAGUAAUUGUAAUUUUACAUUUCGAUUGCUUAAAGUUAAAUUGUAACAUUUGAAUGUAGAUCAAGUUCAUUCUAUCAAAAACUCAAUUAAAGUCUAUACAAUAGAUAGGCAUUAUCAUUCAUAAAAGAGUCCUAAGCUUGUUUCAUCUUGCCAAAUAGUCCAGACUCAUUAAUUGCUUCCUCAUCUAAAUUGCUACAAUUGGAUAGGUUACUAAAAGAUCUAAAAUAGAAAUAAUGGAGAGUGUUGAUAUUUUGCUAGAUGACAAGAAUGUUAGAUAUUUUGGAAGAGUAUAUGUUACACAAGGGAUACACUUAUUUUAGAAUGGAUGGCUAAUGCUAAAUCAAUGAUAGAAGAGAUAUGGUCAAUGAGUUUUAGUAAAAUGACAAGAUCUUUGCAUUUCUUCUAUCCACUAGGGCAGGUGGUUUAGGAAUCACUUUGACAUAAGCUGACGCGGUUAUUUUCUAUGAUAAUGAUUGGAAUCCAACUAUGGAUGCUUAAGCAACUGAUAGAGCUCAUAGAAUUGGAAGAACGAAGGACGUUUAUGUUUACAGAUUGAUAACAAAAGGUACCAUUGAGGAGAGGAUAGUUAAAAGAGCAUAGCAAAAGUAAAAUGUCUAAUCAACUGUGUAUUCAGGAGGGUUCUAAGGGGAUAAAUUUAAACCUCAAGAGGUAUAAUUAUUGAUAAUAAAAUAUAGGUCUUUGAAUUGUUAUUUGAUGAGUAAGAUAUGGAUGAGACUGUAGCCAAUAAAUUUAUGGCUAAAGGGUAGAAGAAGAAGAAGAAACCAGUGAAAUAGGAUCAAAAGGAAAUAAAAGAAUAAAAAGAGCAAUAAAAAGAUUAAACUAAAGAUCAGAAGGAACAAUAAGAAGAAGAGGAUGUUAUAGAAGUAGAUUUAAGAGAAUUAGAAAUGAAUGAAAAAGAUUGUGAGGAUGCUGAUUGA